AGUCAAAUAGAUAACAAGUUGUUUGAAAAAAUAGAUGAAUAUGAAUCCAAAGAGGAAACUAUUACAACUAUUACUCUGUUUGAGGAAAUGAGUACGAUUGCCUCUUCCACAGAGAAAGCUACAGCUCUUUUAAAGAGCAAAGUUUCAAGUAGCUCAAGCUCAGUAAUAGAUGCAUCUCUGGAGGCUGUGAUCCAGGAUCUGCAAGAAUUUAUGGACAAGUUCUCUUCAAAGACAUAUACACCAAAUGAUGAGGACAUAUUACAAGCAGAAACAACUCUUGCAAUGUUUGAAAGUAAAAUAGAAUCAAUAUCAGCAAUUAAGAGCAGCGCUACCCUGGAUAAACUGAUCACCACAACAAAGAAAGCUGUUACAACUACAGUAAAAUCAUUGAACACACUGCAAGAAUCUGCCAAGAACAAGGAGAAGAUUGAGAUCCUCUUAGGAGCAGAAUACAUAAUCAGUGAAAUCUAUUUGGUCAUAGAAGGUCUCAGUUCAGGAAUAGAAGAAGGGGAUGUUUUAGAAGCUAAUAUCUUCAUCGAAGACAUUCAGACAGAACUUAAUAGGUGGAGUUCAAGUAUUUCCAACAUCAAAUUAUCUUCAAUCUCCAUAAUGGAAGGUUUACUUGAAACCAUCUCUGAUCUAUCAGGUGCCUAUUCUGGCAUUGACAGUCUACUCCAAACUUUGACAUCAGUGCAGACUAGUUUAGCUGAACAAAUUACGAUUAUUGAGGAGGCUGACGUAAAUGGCGACUUAACGGUGAGAAUAUAUAAUGCACUUGAUAUAAUAGUCUAUGUCACUGAUCUUUUGAAAGAGCUGAAUCAACUAACUGCAGAAGGUACAGUGUUAACUGAGUCAUCUGCUGUUAGCAAUAUAGUUUCCACUAUAACUUCCCUAAGCAAAAAGAUGACAAACAUCUCCUCUGAAGACAUGGAAACUCUUGAAGCCAAUUUGAAAACUUUGGAAGAAUUUGUUCUAGAUUUUGAAAUCGAUAGUGACAUACAAAUUACAGAUUUGGUUAAGGCUAUUGCAGAGGUUAGUCGUGUGGAACAAGUAUUUAUGAAAGAAGUGAAUAAAAUUGAACUGUCCUUCAGCAAGCUAAGUAUAUAUGAGACCAUUCAGAUAACUAUUACAGAAAUAAACUCCUACCUGCUUGAGUUGAUUGCUAUAAACUCUGGAGUGGAGGAGGGUUCGGAUGUACAGAAGAAUUUUGUCCUUGAUGAAUAUUAUGAGACUAUCUCAUUCUUGAUUGGCAAAGCAAGCUCAAUGACAGAAGCUGACAUUGAUACACUUACUGUAUUCUUGGAUGAAAUAAGUAGUCUUGCAGUUGAAGCUGAUGGUACGUUCAGCAUCAGUGGCUAUACAUACAGCAUUCAACAGAUUUCCCAGCAAGUUACCGUGCUUACACAAAAGAUUGAUGAAACUAUUGAAACAGAGCAAAAGCAACAAAAUCUUGCUCAGAAUCUUAUAUUUGGAGAUGAUUUGUUAUCUAUUCUUAUUCGAAUCUUCUUUGCCUUCGAAAGUAUGGCACUGAUGACCACAGUUUCAACUACGACACAAUUCAAUACAGAGAACUUUGUGGCAGCCAUGACCCAAAUUAGGAACAAUAUUACGUCAGUGAAUAUUCAAGAUAUUGAUACAUUUGCCGUCCAACUUGAGAAUAUAAUUGCAGCAAACGAAAGGCUUGAAAAUUUUGAAGAGCUUGAAUUUGCCACCACACAAGCUGAAGAAUCUGUGCAAACUUACUUAUCUGAGUCCAGAGAAAUUUACGAAAUAACAAUUAACAUUCGUCAUGCAAGCGCUGUUAUUGAAGCAGUAGAUACAUUGCUUGUUGACUCGAUGACAUUCAUUCUAAAUGCUGAAGCAUCUAAGCUUAUUGGAGAAAAUGACCCCAGUGUUGAUUUCUUAAUUGACUUUUUCAAACGUAUAUCUGCAAAUGUAGACUCAGUUACAGAAGAGGACAUAUUUGAAGCCACAGAUGUUUUCUUAACAAUACAGGCAACACUUGAUAUGCUUGGUCCAGAUGAAGGAAUUGGAAAUCUUGUAGACUUAAUGGCUGCUGGUCAGGAGGCCAUUGAGAGUGCUAAUAAGCGUCUUUACGAGCAGCAGGAUAGAUUUUUGCUGAUCGAAGAAUUAAGUUCCUUCGAACUUAUUCUUAAUGUUGUAGCGCAAAUCACCUCUGAUGUAGAGGAAAUCAUUUCAAUGAUUGGAACAACAACUUCAGUAGGGGAGGAAAAUGAGCUAGUCACUUCCAUUGUCAUUCUACUAGAAAGUGUUUCUAGUUCGCCGUCAUCAACCAUAGAUAUUGCAUUACUUGAGAGCAAGUUGGAGGACUUAGAAGUGCUGAAAAGUUCUGUCACUGCUGGAGUCGAAAUCCCUAGCAUAUUCUAUUUGCAGUCUUUAUCACAGAAAACUAUGUCUGUUCUGGAGUCUGAGAUCCAGUUUCGUGUGUCAGCUCAAGAGGCACGGAGUCAAAUGGAUCAGUUUACUACAUCUGUCACAUCUCUCAACACAAUUGAAGAAGAACUGGCAUUUGCUUUAGAAUUCUUCGGCAGUAUAGAACAAUCGGAAUCUACUACUAUGCCAUUUAUUAUUGGAAAUUUGAACGAUGUGCUAAAUGCUAUUCUCUUUGGCGAACUUACUGCAGAAUUAGUUGGGGAACUUGAAUUAUUCGAGGAAGAAAUAUUUUUCCUCUUUGAUGAAGAUGAAGUUGCUGUUAAUAUGAUUGCUAAUACUUUAGAAACACUUACAUCUGUCAAGAGACGUAUAGAAACAUCUCUGAAAGAUACUAGACGUAUUUCAGAGGAACGCAGUAUUUCGAGCAGGCUGAACAAAGCCAAGAACAUUGUAUCAGAGAUGGAAGAGAUUUUCGAUACUUUUGUAUCAGAAAUUGGAAAUGCAAAUGAGGAAAUCGAAAUUGCAGAAAUUACAGAAGUAACCAAUAUCUUCACUGAUAUUAACGGAGGUGCUACUAUUUCCCUGGAUAUUGUUAUAAGACUAGAAGAAAUAUUGAUGUUCCUGAAGAAUACAACCAUCAGUACUGGUAUGGGAAUAAUCGGCUUAGAGGAUGCAAGAACACUUGUUGUUCUUGUGCAAGAAACCGUGGAAAAGGAAAUUUCACACAUUCAGAUAUCAAUUGAUCGUACUGUAAAGACUGUCACAUUUAACAAAGGAGUUUCUCUUCUCCAAAGAAUAAUUCUUACUGCUUCUGAGUUAAGUAUGGGUUAUGAACUUGCUACAUCAGUGGAAAAUGAUGAAACCGUUGAUGAGCUCAUUGUUUUCAUUGAAAGUUUAUCCAUAGAAUCUCUAACCAUGGAACAGAUCAUAAUACUUCAAGAGAGUACCUUAAUGCUUGAAGCAUUAAGUGAUACUGAAACUGGCAUUGCAAAUCUUAGAAAGUUACAGUCAACUGCCUCUGUCAGACUUGAAGAAGCUACAAACAGCAAGAAUGUGCUUUCAGGUCUGAGUGAGGAAACUGAAUCCUUGAAGGCACUGGAUAGAACAGAAGCAGUACUUCUGAAGAUACAAGAGACACUGUUGAAUAUAUCUGCAAACAUCAAUGAAGAUAAUGAACCAGAUGGCAGAAUGAUAGAACUGAGUGACAUACUUAUGAUGGAUAUUAUGAUGCUUACAGAAUCUGUCAUACGAUUAGAAGAAAUUUAUCAAAACAUAGAAAUAAUAGGAGCUAUCUUUGUUGGAAGCCUUGAGAUAACUGAGGAAAUCAUUAGCUCCAUUACAUUCGCUGUAACUAGUAUUUCUAUUGAGAGAGCUCAGUUAGAAUCUCGAAUGGAGAGACUGGUAUUGACAGAAACUCUGCUGGAGGCUCAAAGUCUGUUUAUAAAAAUAUCUGACGUCCUAGAGAAUAUUACUACUGAAAUUGGUGUUGAAACACAAGAUAGCAUAGAAAAUGAGAUAAUUAGAAUGUUUGGCGAAGAGUUGUCAGUCUUGAGUUUUAGUGUUGUAAGUAUGAGAAGAGAUACACUUUUGUUCUUUACAGAUGUUCUUCAGGAACUUGAGAUGAUACUGAUGAGAAAAACUAAUGUUAAAGGCAUUAUGAAGGCCAUGGAUGAUCUCAGAGUUGUUUCAACUAAGGUUACCCUUGAAAUUAAGACUUCCCAGGCAGAACAGCGAAGAGAAGUAUCACUUAUGAUUAACAGAAGAGCAGAAGAAAUUGUCGCCUUUGCUCUGGAUCUGUUUACUGACCUUUCAGACAUUGUUGGGAUACCCGAGUUUGAUGCAGACCCAAUUCAAAUUUUGGAGGUAGAGUAUAUUCUCAGGAUUCUUUCGAUAAUUAAAGAUGGUCAAGCUUCUGAAGAGGAUCUCGACCAACUCGAUAGAUAUUUGAUGUCAUUAGAGCUCAAGUUUGGAACAUUUGAAAAUGGAAUGAUGAUAAGAAAUCUAAUGAAGGUAAUAAUGGCCAUUGAAGAUUUAAAAGAAUUAUUAAUGGUCAGAACUAUAGAUAGUGCUUUUGAUGUAGAAUACUCACAAAAUAUCUUUACUCAGAAGCAGAUCCAUGGAUUAUUAUCAAGGGUAAUCAUUCAACUGGAAGUUCUACUUAAAGCAGGAAAUGGCAUUCCUGUUGCUAUAUUUGAAAGUCUCUCGAUGCUGAUAGAAAGAGCUGGUUCAGACUCCUCAGCAUUUGUAACAUUCUUCGAGAUGUCUGUUAUGGAACUCAUGGAACUCAAUGUAACAAAUAUUGAUGACACGAAUGUCAUGACAGGGUUUAAUCUUCUCCAGAGAGCCAGAUCAGUUGAAUUUUCUUUGUCUAUGGAGAUUUCAAGGUCAUAUAUAAUUGAGACUACUACAACACAAGUGUUCUUGCUUGAAGAAUCUCUGUUUCUACUGGUAGAGAUGAUGAAAUCAGUAGAACGAGUUAAAAACAACAUGAAUCCUGAUGCAACAGCAGUAAAUAUCAUUGCAAUUGAAGAAAUUAUCCUUUUCAUGCAAAAUACAGUUGAAUAUACUGCAGGUGAAAUUACUCUCUUGCGCGAGUAUGAUCAUAUCCUCAUGCUACUCGUAGAAGGGGCAGGUGACAUGUUCGUUGAAGGCCUGGACGAACUCGUGUUUGAACUGAAAUACCAGGUGUCACAUGUCCGCAUGACACUGAUGGAAGUUCAGCGUACACAGAUGUUGGAAAAACAAAUAAUUUACACAUCUGCUGGUAAUCAGGUAAUGGCAGAAGCUUAUAACAGAAUAUCAAUGUUUGGCAGACCCAUGUCUGAGGAAAUUAUUGAGGUUAAUGAGGUGACCAGCUUCAGUAUAAUGUUAAAUACAAUUGAUCUGACUUCCAUUUCUCCUGUUGGAAUUCAUCAUAUCCAUAGCAGGUUUGAAAUCCUCUUGGAAAUUAUUGCAUUUGAGACUUCGGAGAUUGCUUACUUACCAAGGAUUAUCAACCAGCUUGCACUCCUUACCUAUAAAACAUCACAACAUCUGCAUUUCCAAGAAAGUUUAGAAAAUAUCCGCACAGUGUCAGGUGCAUUUGAAUCAUCCCGGGCGGCGAUAACCACGGCAUCGGCAGCACUGUUUGAUCUUCAAGAGGAAGUAGGAGCAGUGACCACUUACGAAACCAAUGAUAUGAUAACACAACUUUAUGAAUAUCUUCUUUCCUUUACGUUUGACUGGCGUUUGAUCCCGGCAGACUUUAGUGAAGUAGUAGAAUCGUUUGGUAUUUCCGAAAUUACUGUAACUUCUGGAACUAGUUUUACCUACUUGAAAGAAGCAAUUGAUCUUUUAGAGUUAUAUUCCCGUGUCGAUAUGCAGACAGAAGAAACUCUCCGUAUCACUGAAUCGAUCCUGCAAGCUAAGGAAGUCCAAUCAUCUGUGUCGCUCUUUAUGAGAUCUGUUGAAGACUAUCUCUUCGGUUAUAUGAUCGAAGACUUUGAGGAUGAUAAUACUGAUGAUGGAGGUGAUGGUGGAGAUGGUGAAAGUGAUGAAGAAGGUGAUGUUGGAGAUGGUGAAAGUGAUGAAGAAGGUGAUGUUGGAGAUGGUGAAAAUGGAGAUAAUGGUAAUGAUGGAGAUGAUGGUGUUACUGAAGAUGGUGUUGAUGUAGGUGAAGGAGAUGAUGGUGGAGAUGGUGGAGAGGAAGAUGGAAAUGUAAAUGAUAUGGAUAAUGAUGAAGAUAAGUAUGUAGAAGAUGCAAUCAUAUCAUUUAACAUAAUCAUUGAUAUUAUAACGAGGUGGUCCAAGGGUGAUAUCGACUUCCAUGGACAUGACGCCAUGGAAAUAAAGGACCUUGUAUCUAUGUUCGUUAUAGGCAACACUAACAUUGUAUUUAGCAUGUUCCAGAGGGAAUUCCUUAUUGAGUCUAUGUCAAUUAUCACUUCAACCGUAGCGAAUAUAAACAGGCGUGUUCAAGCUAUGGAAUCAUCAGCAUCUUUCCAAAUUUCGUAUUCCAGGCUUGAGGAAACCAACAAUAUCUUCAUGUCUCUCGAGGACAUUCUCUUUAUUAUCAGAGAAAGCGAGAAAAUUACUGUCGAAACUGAAGACGUGCUUGGAAGUUUGACUGAGUGGCUCAUGCUAUUCACUGGUGUUCAUUCCAUCAAGGGCGAGGAUAUUUCUGUCCUCAGAACUUAUGCUUUCGAUUUAAGUGCUCUCAGUACCAAUAAGUCUGGAGAUGUGAAUGUCGAUAUUACUGCUGUUUCUUCUGAGCUAGACAUGGCGAAGGAAACGGUCAGGAGUGCAAUUUCACGGCAAUCAUCCCUUGUAGUUGAAAAUGAAUUUAAAGACAGCAUGAUAUCUUCACAAAUAGAAGAGGCAAGGCAAGUGUCACAGAAGGAUUAUAUUCUUCAAGAGAGUGAGUUCCUACUGACUAUGAUUCAGCAUGCACUUGUUGAAUUACACGACCUUGUAGAAUCUGGAGGCCCUAUGGAUGAGGAGUCUGAAGCAGCAGGUGAUGAGAAUGGCGACAUGGAAGAAGGUAACAAUGAAGACAAGCUGACUGCCAUUAGUCUUAUGUUAAGAGUCAUACUGUCAGACACUGACAAUAUUCAGAGUGGUAACAUCCGUGAUUUGGCCUCUUCUUUGGAUGUUAUUGACAUGCUUUUGAAUAACACAGCUGUUUCAGUUAAUUUGACUGUUCUGGAAAACUUAGAAAUCCUUGUUAUGGAAACUCAAGACAAAAUUAAUAUUACAAGGGAACUUAUAUCUUCAUAUGCACGAGGAAGCAAUGCGGUCAUGGCGUACCUUGACCUCUCUUCACUUCUGGAAAAGUUUAUUCAUGUCAUCGAAGAUUGGGUAGUCACAAAUGACAGCAUGUCAGAAGAUUACAUUUUCAAUGCAACUGAAAUGACAAGCUUUAACAUAUUUACUGAUUUCCUAAUCAACGUUAAUCUGAUGAGAUCAUCCAUAGACAUGUACUCAGUUCAUGAAUUGAAGAUGAGUUUCAUGGAACUCCAAAAUCUUCAUGUAAUGAUUCCUAUUACUGACAUGCUAUGGUAUGACUUCAUGCUAAAAUAUAAGUCAAGACUAGAAGACGUCCUCUUUGAAAAUUUAGAAAAUGCAAUUCUUGAUACAGUAAGCCUUAAAGAACAGUACCAGUACAUACGAGCAUCUAAUGUCUUACACCAUCUUAUGCAAUCAGUUGAUAUACUUAUUGACUCCCUUGACGGAAGUGAAUCACCUUCCAAUUCCAGCCUCUCUGAUAGACUACUGAGAAUUGCUAGAGAUGCUUCAAGCACUGCUAGACAGUGGUCCAUGGGCAUGGUUGAAAUGUAUCAGAUCAUGGGAUAUGAGGAAUUAGUUCAAGAGCUAAUGGACCUAGGCCGUGUCUUAGAAGGGUCUGAUCCUAUGCCUGAACUUAAUGAAUUAAAACACAUUUUGUUUGAUGCAGUAGACAGCAUCUCCUUUACUCUUGAAAGACUCGAAAAAGAUGUGUUCGCAGAUAUGGCAUAUGCAGAUAUAAGAGCUUAUCAUCAAUUCUUCUCAUUGUUUGGAGCCUUCUUAGCUAAUCAAGAUCAGUUAAUGAUCAACAUGACAAUUAAUACAACUCUUCUCGAGGACAUGGAUGGCUUACUCAUGAUGUUUGAAGUGGGCCAUGAAGAUCCAUUAGAUAUCAAUCUAGAGGUAGUUCAAGAAAAAGUUUUGCUUUUGAUUAGUUCUGGUUUCAUCAGUAGUAACGACAAUAAUACUGAUAUUGGGUUUUAUGAAGAAUUAGUCUCAGUAGUCGGUGACAUCGUACAGAAGUUAGAGUUCCUUCUGAGGAAAAGCAUGUGGAUGCGAAUGAUAAGAACAGUGUCAGACAUUUCACAUCUCAUUCUUGAUGAUGAACCUAAUGUUCAAGAAUUAACAUUUGUAGGUGAUGUACAAGAUCUAAACAUGAAGGUCAUGAGAGCCAAGAAUACACUUUAUACUGUAUCAAGAAAUACAAUAAUGGAAUUAUCAUCAAUGACCACGCUGUUUAAAUGGUUAAUUCAUCAAUAUGGCAGUGGAAUGGUAGGUUUGUCAAUAUUGAGAAUAAAUCUGGCCUAUAUCAUUCUUACAUCCAUGAAAUAUAUCAAUUAUGCUGAGAUGCAUUACUCUUAUGGAAGAGCCUCAAGGAUACUUCACCAUGCCAUGGACGACAUGGAGGAAGCACUGUAUUCUCUUGAAUCUCUUAUAAUGGAUAUUGGCGAAGUAACUGAAACAGAUUUUGUUGAUGAGGAGUCGGUUACCGAUGCCUACCACUUCAUUCUCAAUAUUAGUUCAAAUGCCGAUAUGUUGCCUACAAACCUUGGUGAAAUACUCGGAGGUUAUAACUUCAGCAGUAUUCAAGUGACUGAAGGUACUGGUAUCCAACACCUUCUGGAAGUCAGUCACUUAAUGAGGGAGUUAUUAGCAAUGGAACAUUCAAUAAUGAGGACACUCCAGUUUCUUGAGGAAGCAGAUGCAAUGAUACGGACGAAAGAUGCAGUGCUUAGUGUCAAUGAAGCUCUAAUGACCAAGGCUCAAUAUUUCUCUGACUUGGAGUUCUAUGAUUACUUUAAGGACACUUCCAAUGAAACCACAAUUAGUCCUUCAACAACUGAAGCAACGGUUACCACUCUUCCAACUACGACAGCAAAUAUUAGUGAAGAAUUUAUUGAUGAUGACAUGAACGUUUUUGAAGUAAUUGAGGAAAUCAUGAAUAUUACAGAAGCCUUGUACCACAACAGUUCUUUCCUUACUGGUGAAGAAGUGGACAGACUCAUGAAAUAUGCCAAUUUCUUAAGAUAUGUGCCACGUCGUGAUAUAGAAAUGAUUGAAGAUUUCUCAUAUGUACAGUCUAAACUCUCUGAUCUGCUUGGUAAGCUCCUAGUAAUAAGUCAAGGAGCUGAAGCGGCGAUUAUGGUUAGUGAGUCUGAUUCUAUGCUUGAAAAGGUAAGGACUAUGGGUGAACUACUCCACUCCAGCCUGAAGAAUUUGGAAGGUCAGGGAAGUGUUGAUACUGAGGAUCUGAUAGAUGAAAUUGCGAGAUGCUAUAAAGAUUUCGCAAUGGGCUUCUUCUUUAUCACUGAGGAGAGGCUUUAUGCAUGCAGAAAGAUGAUAUAUGACUUCAGUUCAUCGAUUAUUGGUAGUGAAUCUGUUGAUAGUAGUGACCUUGAGGCACAUAUGGCUGAAGCUAUGGCUGUCAUAGAUGACACAGCAGGCUUUGUCUCGGCUCUCCUAUAUCAUUAUGAGAAAUUACAACAUAUGGAGAAAGAUAUGUAUGACAUUUCGAUAAGAGAACAGGAACAUAAGUUGGCCCUUAAAUCUCAGACUCUGCAUGGUUAUGAAGGUUUGGAACUAAUGUUGGACAGCAUUGCACACAAUCUCUCUAGACUUAUGGAAAAUGAAGGGGAUGGCGAUGACACAUUGCCCGUGCUCUCAGACCUUUCUACAGCUCUGUAUUCUAUGUUUUCCGAAGAGAUGCUCCAGAUUGAUUUCCAGCAUGUAGCAAACAUUGCACAAGAGAUCAGAACUUUUGCAGAGGAUGGUAUAUCAGUAAAUGCCACAUUAGUAAUGCAAGUAACAGAUUUAAUCGACGAAGUUUUCUACACCUUUGGCCCUCUAAUGAAAUCACUACAUCCAAGUGGAAGAGAAAGUACAAGAUACAUCGUUCUUCAGUAUGCACGUCAUUUCAUGGAAGGAGUUGCGGCCAGAACUCAGGAAUGGGCAGACAUAAUCAAUGGAAUUGAUGAUCUUUCUAACAUUUCAUCGAGUACCUUCACACCAUUAGUUACUACUACCACUACUACUGCAUCUACUACCAGCACAAGUACUUUCUCUCCAAUGCCAGGAAACAUUACUGAUGUUUUAGACAUGAUUAACAUGAAAUUUAUGGAUGGCAGUGACAUCUUGAUGGAAUGGACAUUUGACAGAGAAGCUAUCGACAUCAUGUCAAUAAUGGCUUUUAGACAUCUUAUGAAAGAUCUUCAAGAUGUAUUUAUGCCAUUUGAAGGGCAAGAGCUUGAAGGAUUCCAUAUAUGGCAGUACAGUCUCCUUGACUCCAAUACUACUUUGCUAGAACGCCUUGAAUAUUUAACAGAAGAUGCACGACAGAUGGCUCUUCUUAGGUGCAUAAUAUUUGAUUACAGUGCUGCUUCCAGAUCACUACAUCAUUACGAGAACGUACUUGAAAAUAAUCAUAAUGAAUCUUGGAAUCCUGGUAACAAUGGUGACGAUGAAGAUGUAAUGGACGAUAAUCAAGAGGAAUUACCUGUUGACUCAAAAGAGGAUAAGCGCAUGAGUAAGGUGAUAGACGAACUUCAUGACCUCAGCUCUGCUAUCAUGUAUAUUAUGAGACGAUGGGAAAUGAGCUUCGACAGGACGUGGUACGAAAUCGUCUCUCUGGAUUCACAUAUCUUCAUGCUGGAAGAAUUGAAGCUCGCAGAAGAAAGACUUUUGCAUCCAAUGGUCGUCGAUGAUUUGCGGAUGAUGGCAGAGGGUGGUUCUAGGGCUACGUUUGAAACAUUAGAUGCGCUUUGGGCAUAUGCUCACGAUGCUUAUAAUGUAUCAGCUUACAUGAUGCACAUAAGGUUCUUCGAGGAAUUGAAGGAGUUUAUGGAAUAUUCUAUCGAAUUUAUUGAGAUGGCAAAACGUGCAUUUGAGAUGGGACCGUUUGAUAAUGUUACAGCAUCAAGUAGUUCCUAUUCAUCUACAACUUCUUCCUCAACUGAAUCCGAUACAUCUACAACCACUGAAACAAUAACCACCACAACAGCCUUCACGACACCGAAUGUAAGUUUAUCUCUGAACGAUACUCAUGAAUGUGAGGACAUACAUGACCUCCUUUGUACUUCUGAAAGACUUGUCACUGCCCUUCGAGAGGCUUACUAUGGUAACAGCAGUGAAGACUACAUGGAAACCACAACUGAAUAUACUACCACCGAAAUGACCACCAGCGCCACUAACGUUUCCAACGACGAUGACCUGUACUUUGAAGACCGCAUGAUGGGCAUGUUCGAGUUUGAAUAUGAGGAAGUCAGGAUGCGGGUGUACGAUUUUUGGAGGGUCAUUGCUAAGCACGACUUCACGGCAGAGGACAUGUUUGAUGAAGCUGUAAUGCUUCUGGAAGAUGGACUGGAAAUUGUAGAUGCUUUCAUUGAGAGACUGUUUAUAGAGGAAGAAUCUAUCGAGUUCCUUCCAUUUGAAGACUUCGUUUCAUCAAUGAAUGACACGUCUCCCAUGAUGGACUAACAGCCAUGAUAAUACGUAUCCCGAAUCAAAACACAGACGUUUGUUGUAAAGAAAGAUCCUAUAACAUUCAUGAUACCACAAUGCAUAUCUAUUGUUUUUAUUCUGUUGAGGAUUCUUACAAGAUGUCAUUUGUGAGAAGAAAAUCAGAAACAAUAGAGAUGACGAAAACUAAGAUGAAAGUGAACCCAUAACCAAUAUUGAUGGUCUGGAUAAGUAUCAUUAAAUGUUAAUGGGGAUCAAAUAUCAUCUGCAAUUGUUGAAAGCAAAUUUGAGUGUUGCACAGCAUACCUGCGCUGAAGAAAUUCUGUUUUUGUCUUGUGUUAACUUGUAGAUCAUAUUGCACCAGACAGUGUACCCUUUCUCCACAGGAAUAAACUUGACGGGUCCAAAGCUGGAAGCUUAUUCAGGAUACAAUUUGCAGAGGAAUUUUGUAAACUGAGUUUCACAUAGUUUAUAAACCAUGAGAAAAAGAGUAAGGCACAGUUGUUUUGUUAUUAAAUUUCUCGGUGCAGAA